GGGAAAAGGAAUGCCAACAUGGACCCGUGGCAAGGACGGGAUGUGACUGUGCUACAAUAACACGAGCAGGAACAAGCAAAGCUAGAAAUAAUCCCAUCCGUCGACGGCGCUGCUUUGUUCCAGCGAACCUCGUCCGAACUACACACGGUUUUGGUUUUCCACUUCUGGAUAGAGUUUCCUCAACGUGCUCUCUCCCGUGUUUGGGUGGAUCAAUGGUGUCUCUCAGCAGCAGAACGCUGAGUUUGGACAAUGACCCGUUCAGGGACAGCGGCAGCCUGUUCUCCAUCGGCCUCGCAGACGGGGCCCGCAGUGAAGGGGCCAGCUCCGCCUCCUGCGACAGCCCGGAUGUCGGGGAGCUGCGAGCGCUGCACAGGUCCAGCCUUGGAGAGGAGGAGGACGAGGAGGAGGAGGAGGAAGAUGACGAGGCACGUCUGCAUAUUUUUCUAGAAGCAGCGGUUGAACCUGCCAACCAGGAGCCCACACUGCCAGAAUUCCCUUUUCAUCCUUCCUCCCCGUUUUCCCCGACGCUGGAUGACAUAGAGGAGUUUCUUAGGGAAAAGAUGGAAUUAGUCAAAGAGGAACUACUAGUCCCAAAGGAGGAGGGAUCCCCUCUGCCGUGCAGCUCCUCGGACCCUCCAUCCAGCGUUGCACCUACAGCUUCCUCACAGACUUGCAGUGACCCAGGGGCUGCUGCCUCCCACUGCACAUCCAGCACAAUCACCCUUCAGAAGGAGCCCAACAGCUCCAGCACAGCUCAUCAUUCCCCUUCUGCCCAUGUGAGCCCCUCACCGUCCACCUCGACGCCCUCGAUGUUCCUCAGCACUCCACUGGUUCUCCAGCUUCAGACCCUUCCUGUGGCCCAGCCUCCGGUCCCAGCAGGCUCCUCACCAGGGGCCCAAAAUGGCAUUUGGCUGGCUCAUCUGGUCAUGGGGCUUCAGGGUGCUACAGGACAAAACCUCACCUUGCUGGCCCCCCAGUUACCCUCUACCCCGGCCACCUUGUUGUCAUUAAACAGUGGUGACACCAAGUCAGCUGACCAGAAGUAUGUGAAGAUUGCCCCGCUGCCCAUCACCAUGAGAACUCUAGAGAUCACGCGCGUGACGGGCGUCGGGGCUCAGGGCGCCAGCGUGCUGAAGGCUGUGGCCCCUCGCGUAACACGAGUGCCGCCAACAGAGAGGGUCCAUAAAUGCUCCCACCCAGGCUGUGGGAAGAUGUACACCAAGAGCAGCCACCUGAAAGCUCACUUCCGCCGCCAUACGGGAGAGAAACCCUACACCUGCAGCUGGCCUGAGUGUGGCUGGAGGUUCUCCCGCUCUGACGAACUGUCUCGUCACCGCCGCUCUCACUCUGGCAUCAAACCCUACGAGUGCUCCCUGUGUGAGAAGAAGUUCGCCCGCAGCGACCACUUAUCCAAACACACAAAGGUCCAUCGCAGCUCCAGGCCCAGCAGGACCAUCAGAGCCACGCUGUGACAACACCUAAGCUCCCGGCUUGGAAUUCGAGGGAGCACGGGCUCGGACUUUCCCUCCCUCAGGAUUUUUGGUGCUUUACAAGCAGAACUUUCAGAAGAAUUUUGAGAGGCGGCUGCUCCGACACUCUCACGUGUCCUUCCUCCUCUCCUUCCUGCUGUUCACCUUCCACUGUUCCCUGCGAGCAGCUCGACUUAUAUCUCAGGAAGAAACUCAGCUGAAAGCUUCCUGACCUUCUCACGCACACGCACACACAGACGCACACGCACGCACGCACGCACACACACACACACACACACACACACACACACACACACACACACAGGAGGCCGUCUUUUAGCGAGCCGCUUCUUCCUGACAGGCUGCCAUGUGAUGGUGGUAAUCGAUAACAGGAGCUUCCUCCCAGCCAAACACCAGGGUCCAUGUGGAUUACGCUUCCCAACAUCUACGUGACAAAAUGUGACCUUUAGCAUCUGCUUUGAUUCCUGUGUCCAAAUCUUGUGAGAGACACGGAUGUCACAGUGUGAAAAUCAACCACGUCUGUGACAUGAAUUUCCGAUUAAAGAAAGUAUUUCCAGUUGCACAGUUGGUUCAUUCUGAAUGAACACUGUGACCUGAUGUGAAGACUAAGUGCUGACGCUGAUUCAGUCUCAGUUCGUGAUUCGGCUAAGAUGAAAUGCUGAGGAGCGUCCACACCAUGCCUUUAUUGCAUUUGUCCAAUCAUAAAUCUCCCUGUUUGCCUUGUAUCAGCUCUACAAUGCCUUUGUCCGUAUCACAAAGCUCACCCUUGUCUUGUAAUCAUGUGACUGCUCUUCUUUAGCUGUGAUUCUAACCUGCAGGUUGCCAAACCAGAAGGCCCAGCUCUGGCCCUGUGAAAGCACUUGGUGUGUGACAGUUCAUAAGCUCUUUGUUCUCUCACACUUUUCAUUUUGUCAACCGACAAACUACUGGGCCUGUGUGUUCUACAUUGGGUCAACGGUGCAAAAGUGGUGUGAGACACUGCUCUUUGGUAUUUACAGUAGCGUUACUGUAAAGACGUUUAUUCUGUUGAUUAUAGCAGCAAGAAAAGCUAAUAGUUGAAACAGCUGGAAAGGCAGCUACCAUCUAUUCAAUCCUAUGUAUCAGCAUAAUGUGUACAGAUAUAAAGGACAGAGGUAAUGUGUACAGCUUGUAGCUUUGACAUCAUGUGUUUUAUAUUACCCAAGGAUUUUCAGUGCAUUAAGCUAUUCAGUCGUGUUUCUGGAGGUUGUUGGUCUCCUCUGUGGGUUUGAUUAUCAAUCUGUGGAAUGUUGGACUGAUUGUGGUCCCGCUCGCCUGCCUGCCGAAGGACCAUGUUAGCUCAGUCUGCUGGUCUCAAGUGCACUUGUAUAAGUGGAAAGUGAGAAACAGUCGUGCUCUUAUGGCAGUUCCCCAAAAUGUAUGGGAAGCAAAAAUGCCAAAACCCCUUUUGUAACGAAGGUGAGGCAGCGCCGCCGCCGUCAUCUCUUAUCCGCUGUUCUUUGAUCUCAACACUCGGGUGCUUGUUAACCUGCCUGUGCUUCACACGGAGACUGUGUCAUUAGAGCUUCAUCCAACUGGAUUAUCUGUUAACCAGCAGACAUUCAACUACUACAAAGCUACUGGCAAACUCAACGUGACACACGCAGCAUCGGUGCUUUCGGACAAACCCGACAUAAGAGCACUUCUGCAUGUAGCAGUGCACAGCGUUCCCAGCAGUCGUCCUCCUACGUUUGUGGAUGACCAGGAUAGAUGCACCACUUUGCUGUGGGGAACCCGUCUAAGCAGACAGACGGGCAGACUGUUGAUCUGUCUGAACCAGUGCUGAGCCUCCCCAGGUUGCUUCUACUGACCUACAUCUUGACUUGUAUCCUGUAAUCGUCAUCCAGUUUCCUCUCUCUCUGUGUUUCUCUCUGUCUUGUGUAUGUGGUCAAGCACAGGCUACAAUUUCUUUCUAUUUUUUUUCUUUUUUAAAUCAGAAAUGCUAUUUUCCUAUUUGCAAAAAUAAACAGCAAGAACAAAAACGCUAAA